UUGCUCCCUCAUCUUCACUGCUUCCCAUAAUAUCUAAUAAUAAUAUGUUUGCGCCUCCAUCUAGCUGCUCGUCUAGUCUAUAAGCCCACCACGUUAUUCAUGCUGAGGCGGCACCUAUCUUCCGAGUUACACGCGCCGUUGGCUUCCACGGUAGCUUGCGUGGCGGUCUGUGGCUCAGUAACAGAUUGAAUACGUACCCUUCCUUACCAACGUCCACAAAAGUACAGCUUCAGCAGCACAUCUUGCUCAAUUCGACAUUCUCGGUUUCUUAGCAUACGGUUACACACGCGAAUGCGAAAUUUAGCUGCUGCUAACCAUUGAACGACUCCCCAAAAUUUACAUUAAUAUUUGCAAAAUCAAGCAUAAAAAGGCAUUGACAUACGCGACUAUAAUAAUACUCAACACCUCAAACGGGAUACUCCGCCAUGACAUAUUCUGCGGAGCUACUGGAAUGUCCGCUCUGUGAGUACAGAGCACUUCCAUCAGAUGACUAUGUCAUGCAGCUUCACUUUGAGCAAGUGCACACCGAGGACUCACCUUUCAAGAUCGAGGAUGACCCCGAGCCCUUGCCUCCACCUCUACCAGCACGACCUUCCCCAGUUCAAACACAGCAGGACGAUCAGGACAUACCUUCUGGAUAUGUCGCAUGCCCUCAGCCCGACUGCGGUGAAGUUGUACUCCUGACCGACUUCAACUAUCAUCUCGACCUGCACACCGGCGAAUUAUUAUCUUCCGACGAGACUAGUAAUACUUAUCAUCAGAAUCGAAAGAGAAACAUGCAUCACUACACGAACGUUACUUAUCCUUCGGAUCGUUUCCAUGGCUCCUCAUUACGCAGCCCGGACUCUGACGCAGCUUCAUCAGACACUGGCAGCCGGCAUCAUGGCAAAUCAAAGCACCGGAAGCGAUCGACCCGGAAAAGGGGUGAUUCCAAUAGCAGCGAGAAGAGUACUUUGUCCAGGAGUAUCAUGGGCUUCAAUCCUCUGGCAAAACUGAACAAAGCCAUUAAGCCGCCACCAAAUCCAACACGACUUGGGCGCUCUGAGUUAGGGCCCCAUGCGUGGGAGGAACGCAUGCCAAAGUGGCUUCAUGAACAGCUAGCAGCUGGGCCAAAGAUAACAACGAUAAACCGUAUUGGCCGUGACGGUCGCCUCAUCAAGCAGGAGAGGGUGCAAAACGAGACCCCUGGUCUUAUUCCCAUUCUUGCCCAACUGUCUGCACUGGAUCGAACCGUCAAAGAGGCAUACUACUGCCACCCAGCUACUGUCCACAUCGGGAAGACUCCAAAAGAAGGCAGCUUUUGCGGAUACAGAAACAUACAAAUGCUCAUUUCUUACAUACAAGGCACACAUGCCCAGGGUCACGAAGAGUUUCCUGGACGCACCCCAGGCAUCUUGGAGCUUCAAGAGUUGAUAGAGCGCGCAUGGGACAAGGGAAUCAACGAGAUAGGGCGCGCCCAGACCGGUGGUAUAAGGGGAACACGCAAGUACAUAGGUACCCCAGAGGCACAAGCACUGUUUCUCAGUUCGGAGAUUGACUGUGCCGUCGAGAUGUUCACAGACUCUCGCGAUGGUCGAACCGAGGCACACGAACACCUUCUUCUCGCCGUCGAAGCGUACUUCGCGCAGGCUGCUAUCAAAGACGACGACUCGAAUGUUUACAAGACUCUCCUGCCACCAAUAUAUCUCCAACAGCCCGGCCACUCUCUCACUAUAGUCGGCCUCGAGUAUCGUAAAGAUGGUACUCGUAAUUUGGUCAUAUUUGAUCCAACUUAUCAUACUUGCCCUGCUAUGCACCGAUUACUGGGACGAAAGAACUUGAAGACAUUUCGCCCAGAAGUCAUGUACAACUACCGACGAGAAUCCGUACACUUGAGGAAACUUGCGGCCUUCGAGAUUCUCAUGCUGACGGCACAUCCACCGAUGUUCCCUGCUUGGGAUGUCCUACGCCAAUUCCCCGGCUGUCGAUUCCUUUACGCGUUUUUUCGGUCUAUGACACUUGGAUACGAUGUUUACCCGGAAGAUCAUUUCCUGCGUCAUUUUCCAUGGUGGCAAUAUGGCGGACUCUGGAUCGUUGACGAUGCACGUUUCGCUACAACUCCGAGACACGAUCAUACAAAACUUCAGGCUCUUCGCCGAAUCACCUCCGCGGGAUCCUCAAUUAUGCCCACUCUAGGUUCUGGUAGUGAGCAAUGUAGCGCUUUCACAAGCGAACAUUUCCAUUCCCCCAACAUGCACAGCCUGACACCACCAGGACUGCGGUUUCCUGUGGCAAACAUAGAUGCGAAGGUACCACCUUUUGAUGGCUCACAGAGCAACACGCCGUUAUCAAGUCCGAUUGAAGAACUGCUUCGCAAAACAGGAAUGUGUAGAUUGAAUACCGGAGCCUGGGACUACCGACAGCAAAGCUUUGGAUAUCUACAGCCUUCUGGGGAUAGAUAUCCAGGCUAUUUCAGUCCGCUGUCGCCAACAGCGUCGGCCAAAGAGUGGUUUCCUUCUCCAAUAGACAACUUGGAAGGAAUGAGUCACUCUUCUUUAUGUGCUACACCCAAGCUUCCUUUAAAUUUAUGUGGACGUGGCUUUUCAAAUAUCUCACAGCAAGCUAGUUCAGAACCUAGUGUGGCCCCCGUACAGAUGAACCCAUUCGUUCCAGAUGGUUUCAUUGGCAAUUUUCCCAACGUCCAGGAUAUGCCACUGUCACCUAGCCUCUCCACAGUCGGUUCAAUUGGAUCCCCGAUGAGUACGGCCGAGGCUGUAUCGCCCCGUGUGGGAAUGCUACGUGGAAAAGCCAACAAGCAACGACCAUAUGGGAGCCCAAAUUACCAGCUGUGCGGACUUAGCCACCAAGACAAUCAACUCAGCCCCUUUUACAGUAGCCACAACGGUAAUGCCUCUUCGCUAGGAUCAAGCUCUGCUGUAUCGCUUCAUACACCUCUUCUCACACCACCCUCGUCCCUAUCUUCGGUACAGAUUGCCAAUGGCACUGAAACAUAUAUCGGGAGUCCCAUAAGUCCUUUCGGCCUGGUAUACAAGUCUCAUCGCCCAGCAUGUUCUGGCUUGCUGGGGUUGCCUGCAUUGUCAGAGACGAAAGUGGCCGAGUACAGGUUCUGGAUGCCUUGUGGAAAGAAGAAUUGCGGUAUCGGUUGCGCAGACAAAGACGCAGGGGAGCUGGCAGCAGCGAGACGACUUUUCAAGAGCGAGGAGCAGGUAAUGCCAUGUACAGAUGAGUGA